CUCGGAUCUUGGCCAGCGCUGAGUGCCGCCACGACAAGCUCCUCGCCAAUUUCUGCGUGGAGAUGUAUGGCAAAUGCGGGGGCGUGCGCGAUGCCAGGCCCGGGAAACGUUCCACCGGAUGCCCCGGGCCUGGAACGCAAUGAUCACGGCGAGUUCUCGCGGCGGCAGCGUGGAUGAGGCGAAGCCUCUGUUUGAUUCCAUGCCCCAGCACGACGUCGUCUCGUGGACUGUCAUGAUCCAGGCGCUUGGUCGGAACGGGCAUUUGGAGGACGCAGGUAAGCUCUUCUCUUUGAUGCCUGAGAGGAAUGCGAUCACUGAGACUACAAUGAUCCAAGCCUAUGGCGAAAACUCCCGCGUCCAUGUAGCAGUUGGGAUCUUCAACAAAAUCCCAGAGAGCAACCUCUUGCCAUGGACUUCCAUGCUCGCUGCAUGUGCCCAGAACGGGCAGCUUGAAGAAGCUCGCGCGGUGUUUCGCAACAUGCCGGAGCACGAUCUCGUCGCGUUCACCUCAAUGCUCACAGUGCACAUCCAGUCGGGGGAUCUCGAGCAAGCCAAGGCCAUCUUCGCCCGAAUGCCCGACCAGGACAUCAUCUCCCAGACAGCGAUGAUCCAGGCCCUCUCGCAAAACGGCCAGCUCCGAGAGGUCGGCUCAUCUUCGAGGAGAUGCCCGUCCAGAACAUCGUCUUGUGCACAGCUCUUCUCUCCUCGUAUGCUCAGAGCGGCGAUCUGGACCGAGCAAAACAGAUGUUUGACAAGAUGCCGCAGCGGGACGCCAUUGCUGGACGUCUCUCGUCGCCGCCUACGCUCAGAGCAAUCACUUGGAGGAGCCCAGGAGCUUGCUUGACCGCAUGCCAGUCCACAACUUGGUGCUCACCACGGCCAAUACUGUAAGCUCGGGAGAAUCGACGAGGCCGAGGCGGUGUUCGACAAAGUGGUGGUGAAAGACAUCCUGGCCUGGAACACGAUGUUGGCGGCUCACUCGCAGCAUGGCUGAACUACGGAACACUUUCGACGCUAUGCCGGAGAGGGAUAUCGUCUCGUGGAACAUCGCAGUGGCGACUGCACGGGCACGUCGACGAAGCUCGAAAGCUCUUCUCCAGCAUGCCACAGUAAGACUGCGUUUCCUGGACGAUCAUGAUCGCGGGCUAUGCCUGGAACGGGUAUAUGAGACACUUUCGACGCCAUGCCACCGGUGUCUUCCGAGGUCGUCUUCUCCAGCGCGAUGUUCACGGCUUACACUCUGGCCGAGAGCUUCUCCGACGCCAUGCAGUUUUUCUACGCCAUGAACGCCGAAGGAUCACUCCAGUCACCUUCACGAGCGUGCUCGGCAGAUGCAGCCACGCGGGAUUGUUUUCUUCGACGUGGAUCCUGUCCGCGAGCACUACAGCUGCGUGGUUGAUAUCCUCGGCCGGUCCGGACAGCUCGAAGAGGCCGAGGUGCUUCUGGGUUCUAUCCCGUUUGAACUGGAUGCUGCGAGCUGGGGGGCUCUUCUCGGUGGCUGUGGGAUUCACCGCGACGUCCAGCGUGGAGAGCGAGCGGCAGAGAAUGCACUCAAGCUGGAUCCGAGCGAGGACGGCGCUCGGAUGCUCUUGGCCAACAUCUAUAAAGCUGUUGGUAGGACGCAGGACAUGAUCAGGCUCAAAAACACCGUUCGGAUGCUGAGAAGCCGGAAGCUCCAACUAGAACGAGAGCGUUUUCACAAGACAAUGGAAAGCUUCCCUUACCAGCGUAAAGGCUCGACUGCGGGAUCAACAGCCUCGUCGUGACUUUGCAACAAGUUUUUCUGCUCAAAACUUUCCGGGACAACCUCUCCAUCGAUCAUCGAGCACUGUUGCUGCUGCUGCUGCGCUGCUGCUUUCUCGGUGUACGUGCUGGAGAGAAGCUGAUACAUCGACUUGUUCUCGGGGUCCAGCUCCAUGAGAUGCUGCGCAGCUCAAGUAGCUCGUCCAAGCAACAGGUCCUGGGAAGAAUGGCAUUUCGUCGGCAUGAUCCAGCUGCUUUGCUCGGCCCAGGACCUCCACCAUGCAGCCGUAGUGAUCGAGCUCUGGCCGCAGUCCAUACUGGGUGAUCAUCAACACGAAGUGCUCGUGAGCUCUCCGCAGUUGCACAGUAGAGCCACGAAAGUGCUCUCCGUAGGCUUGAGUCCCUCGAGGUUGAGCUCCCGGAAGAGCUCCACGGCGGUUUUGUACGAGCCAUUCUCGGCAUAGCCAGCGAUGAGCGUGUUCCAGGAGGUGAUAAUGGUGUUCCACGACGCGAGCUCCAGCUGUGGCAUCAUCUCGAAAGUCCUGCUGGCCUCCGCGAAGCGCCUUCUUUGGGCAACUGCUGCGAGUAAAGCGUUCCACGACACAACGUUCCGGCAAGGCACAGAUUCGAAGAAAUGUGGCGCGUCCUCUGGGCUGGAGUUCACAGUGAAUGCCUGGAGCAUCAAAUUCCAUGAGAGAUCGUUCUUGACCGGCAUGGUGUCGAAGAUAGUGAACGCUUCGCGCAAAUGCCAGUGAUGGGCAUGUGCUGUGACCAUGGCGUUCCCGGCGAUUGUGUCGUGGAGCAUUCUCUGGAAGAUCGCCUCUGCCUCAGCGAUGUGCCCGGAGUGGGAGUAGUCCGCGACGAUCGCAGUCCAAGAGAUGACGUUCCUUGGUGAUCGAACAAGAGCUUGGCCGAUUCCAGAUCCCCAGACUGGGCAUGCGCCUUGGCUAUGAGAUUACAGGAAACGGCAUCGUGAUCCAGCAUCCCAUCAAAGAGCUCCCGAUUCAGCUGCCGCUCCUGCGUGUAUGCUGACACAACUGCGUUCCAGGAGAAGGUAUUGGGGAAGUCGAGGCCAUCAAACACUGCCCUUGCCUCC